AUGGAUUUUGUUCAUCUGGAUGAGAAUCAUAAUGAAUUGUUUCAAUUAGGUGACAUUGUCAUUCUAGAUAAAUGGAAUCGAUUAGCAUUGAAUAGAAAUGAUUUGAUAUGUGUGAAAUCACCUGACAAUCAUCAUGACACAAUCUUCGGCCGUGUGAUAGCAGUUACUGAUGACACGAUUAAUACGCAACCGAAGAAUACAAGAGUAAAACUAGUUCGAAUUCCUAAAGGAAGUGUUGCUAUUAGUCUGUUAACAAACAACAACCAUGAAGAGAUUAAAAUUGUACCAAUGGGUUUAAUCGAAGGAAAAACAUUAGCUAGAAUAUGGCCACCAAAACGUUUUAACAGUCGUCUUCUUACCAUGCCAUCGACGCCAGACAUAUAG